AUGGCUCAAACACAAAUAGCUCUACUCCUCGAGAAGGGCUCUCGGAAGCUCGUUAUUGGCUACGUCAACAAGUACAAACCUGGUGCUGGCGAAAUCCUCAUCAAGAUUCAGGCUGUUGCCCUUAAUCCUGUGGACUGGAAGAUUCAGAAAUCAGAGGUCGUCCUCGAACACACUCCUGCCAUUCCUGGGCUAGACAUCGCGGGUGACGUUGAAGAGGUGGGCGAGGAUGUCAGCGAGUUUAGGAAGGGAGAUCGAGUACUCUGUCAAGGCCAAUAUGCCAAUAACAAGGGCGGUUUCCAGCAAUACACGCUUUCUCUAGCGGCGACGACGGCAAAGAUUCCGCCCAACGUCUCAUACGACGAGGCAGCUUCAAUCCCAGCAGCCCUCUCCACCGCUUACGUUGGGUUGCACAACCGUCCCCCACACGGCGCAGGGCUUUCGGCACCUCUUACCCCGACUAAGGAAGGCAAAUAUACAGGCGAGCCGCUUGUCGUUCUAGGGGGCGGAGGUUCUGUUGGACAACUCGCCAUCCAGCUCGCCCGACUGUCUGGAUUUUCGCCCAUCAUUACCACCGCGUCUCUGAAGCAUACGGAAUUCCUCGAAUCACUCGGAGCGACGCAUAUACUGGACCGAAACCUCAGCUUGGAAGCGCUCAAGGCUCAAGUGGACAAAGCGACGGCCGGGAAGCCUAUCAAGAUCGUCUACGAUGCCAUCUCCCUUGAGGCGACGCAGAAAGCCGGGCUUGCCCUGGUAGCGCCUGGAGGAAAGCUCAUCCUCGUCCUGCCCCCGCUGGUAAAAUCCGAGGAUAACAAGACUGUCGUCCCUAUUGUCGCUGGUCUUAGAGCGGCAUCCAACAUCGAGAUCCUGGAGUCUUUAUAUCACGACAAAGCCAGUAGCCUCCUGGAAAGAGGGGUAAUCAAACCUAAUAGAGUCGAGGUUCUGCCUGAUGGUCUUGCGGGGAUACCGGACGGCUUGAAAAGGAUGGCGGACGGCUUAGUGUCAGGAGUUAAGCUCGUCGCUCAUCCUCAAGAGACCAUCUAA